AUGAGGAAGGAAACCGUGAUCCAUCAUCAAAAUAUAGAAGAGAGUAAAAAAGGGCCGGAGAAAAAGACGCUCAAUAAAAUAGAAACCAUCAUACAGAAUUUGGAUCCGCACAGAGAUAUGACGAACACUAUGAAGAAGAAGCCCGACCCUCCUAAAGACACGUUCAACGAAAUGGAUUCACGUAAAUUACAAAUGCCCGUGACCAGUAAGGAAAGUGAAAUAUCUUUCCGGAACGACAUGUUACAUGUGAGGAAGGAUGAAAUCGUGGUUUCCAGAAGUAUCAUAGAAAAACACGAUGAACAACUACCAAAACUCAGUGAGCAACUCGAUGACCAUACAGCCGAUAAACUGUCUUCAACUGCAGCAUUCAUAUAUGAAUCAUAG